GGCGGCGGCGGCGGCGGCGACUACGACGACGAAGACGACAGGGGCGGCCACAUCUUCUCUGGCCCCCACCCCUGCAUUAGUUCUCCCAACUGCCCCCGCCCCUGGGCUUUUUCUGCAGCCCGUGCGCGACUCGCGGGCGCUCCCGCCUCUCGGUCCCCUCCUCCACCCGGCCCUCGCUCCUCCCCGCCUCCGCCUCUCGUUGUUUCUCGGAACCUUUUUUUGCUCCUGACCUUUCCUCGCUGGGUCGUCGCCAUGUCUCUGAAAGUGCACACGAGCAACAUCACCAACAAGAAUGACCCCAAGUCCCUCAACUCUAGGGUCUUCAUUGGGAACUUAAACACAGCCAUGGUGAAGAAGGCAGACGUAGAGACCAUCUUCUCCAAGUAUGGCCGUGUAGCCGGCUGCUCUGUGCACAAGGGCUACGCCUUCGUCCAGUAUGCUAGCGAGCGCCAUGCCCGUGCCGCCGUGCUGGGCGAGAACGGGCGAGUGCUGGCAGGGCAGACUUUGGACAUCAACAUGGCUGGAGAACCUAAACCUAAUAGACCAAAAGGACUCAAGAGAGCAGCUUCUGCCUCCUAUGGGGGCUACGACUUUGACUCUGAUUACUACAGGGAAGACCUGUAUGACAGCCCCAGUCCCAGCCUCAGCCUCAGCCUACUCUUGGCUGCCCGGGAGAAGGGGUUUCCGGCUCCCAGCUCAGGAGUGCAGUCAGGACCACUGUCCGAGGGAAGGCAUGUGAACCCUGGGUUCUUAGUCCCCAGAUCCACCACGGAGCCACUGUGUGGCCUGAGGCUUUUCGAGCCCCGGGGCCGGCUCUCUCCAGUCCCCAGGGUGGUUCCUGUGAAGCGGCCACGGGUCACCAUCCCUCUCGUUCGUCGCAUCAAAGCAACUCUGCCUGUCAGACUCUUCGCCCGCUCUACCACUUCCAGCAGCUCAUCAAAGUUAAAGUUGAAGUGUACUGAGCUGCAGACCAUCAAGACAGAACUUACCCAGAUCAAGUACAACAUUGAGGCCCUGCUGGGGCGGCUGGACCAGAUCUCGGAGGAGCAGAGUCCUAGCACAGAUGGCAAGAAGAAGAAUGACAGCAAGAAAAGUGAGGCCGCUCAGGAGGACACGGCUUCGGAGGCAGAGACACCCUUGGAAGAGUUGUUGCCUGGGGAUGAUGUAGAUGAGGCGCUGGCACAGGAUGACUUCGAAGAUUUGGACAACAGCCGAUACACAGAGCUGGAUGAAUUGACUCUACAGUAAAUGCGGGAUAGGAGGGACUGCAGGCUGACCCGAGGAGGACGGUAUGAGGGCAAACCCUGACCCUGGCCCCCUGAGCCAGGCACCACCCAUCACUCCCCAACCCCCCAGGUGCCAUCAUCCCCAGCUGGGCAGCGGAGGAAAACUGUGGGUCCGACGGCUUCUACCCACCUGUCGCCCAUCAGUGCCAAAUCCAGCCAGCCCCUUCUCCAGAUGGACCUGGUACCCUCAACAACUCACCUGGGCACCUUCCUGCUGGAGCAGAUAGCAGGAAAUCUCUCCCUAUCCUCCCACCCCCGAGUCCCCCAACUAACUGCCUUCCUUCCUGCCUGGGACUGGCUGGGCAGAGCACAGAAGUUGUAUUAUAUCUUGGACCAGGACACUGCAGGGCUUUGGGAUUUUCUAGGGGUGUGGGGAGGGCAAUCCACAAGGAGGGGACUUCACGAUGACCCUGAUAAUAAAAAGUUUGGAUCCUGAAUGCUCAGGCAGAUUGGACGAUGCAUUUGUCUUCAGAGCCAUCUUUCAUACCAUUGGCAUUAAAGCAGAGAGCUGCUUAUCAAAUUAUUUGGAGCUAGGAGAGAAUUGUUAAUGCUAGACAAAGGAAUUUGGUUCCCUCAAAGAUCUCGGCAAGCUGGAAUGGUGGGCCUGUAUGACAGAAUGGAAUUGAAUAGGGAUAAUUUUCAAGUCCUUAAAUAGGGUUCAAAAAACUAGUUGCAUGAGGUCUCUAAGAUCUCUUUCCAGCUCUAAAUCCUAUGAUCUUAUGAGUACAGGAUUGGGGGAGAUGUGAUUAAUGUGACAAACCCAAGUGUUGGAGGGGAUCACUAGCCCAGUAUGCUGUAAUAAUGUGACAUGGCUGCCCCAAAUGUUGCCGUGACUUUAGGCUGUAAACGUAUAUAAUAGAGACACAGCAUCGGGAGGGAGAGAGGUUAUGUCCAGGUGGUUCUCUGCCCUGGUCAGAUCACGCCUGCUUUUUGUGCCCAGGACUGGGACCACAUUUUAGAACACUGACAAACCGAAUCAUGUCCAAAUGAUGACAAGGACAGAGAGGACUUGGAGCUCACACACACAUCCUUUGGAAGAACUGGGGAGGUUCUGGCUGAAGACUUAGGAGGAACGUGACAGGUGUCUUCAAAUACCAGAAAGGCUGUCAUUUUAAAGAUUCGUACUACGUGGCCUUAGAGGGCAAAACUAGGAGCAGUGCUAGAGAGGGGUGGGGGGCAGUAUACUAGGAAGCAGUUUGGGGCUCUGAGAAAGUUUGCUGAACCAUUAGAGCAGUAUGGCAGUGAGAUGGGCUACUUUGGUAGCUAGCUCUCCAUCACUGGAGGUCUUUAAGUGUCAGCUGCACUUGUGAGGGAUGUGUGCUACAUGAGGGUAUUGAUGCAUCUGGCAGGUGAUUUGACUCUACCCUUCCAACUCUGGGAUUCUAUGAUUCCUCUUCAUUAAAACAUUUAUCUUUUGUUAA